UAAAGCCAAAUACAACCACCAACUCAUUUCCUAGAAGGCUCCUUCCUCUAUUCUACUCUAUCUAUGAAGACAAAGCAAUCUUUCAAGUUUCAACUAGCCCCUAAUCUAAUCCUUCUUAGGAGUAUAUAGUAUUCAUUUACUCUCUCUGUUCUUUCAUUUUCCUUCCAAGCCACUGCUCUACUAAACCUUCCAGGCUUCCACUUCCACUCACAAACUUCCAUGCCAAACAUGACAACAAAAACAAAACAGACUUGUGUUGAAAACAACUCUGCAACUUUCCCCAACCUUGUCUUAUGAGAUCACCACAAGCCAAGAGUCCAAGACCCUCUUCCCUCCCACACCCACCUCCCCAUUAUGCUCAAGCUCCUCAACAAGAACCUCCGCCGCUUCCUCUCCCGUCUCCGGUGGCCAACUCGCCGCCGGUCAAGGUCCAAAGUGGUGGUGAUCAGCAAAUUAGGGAAAAAUGACCACCACCACGAAACAUCACCAAGCACCAAUUUUUCCUCCACAGUUCACCCAAACGCUCAAAUGGGUAGCCCGAAACCCGAUAAAACAAUUCGGGUCGCGACGUUCAACGCUGCCCUGUUCUCCAUGGCACCGGCGCUUCCAAAACCACCAACCUUCGACGACGAAAACGGCGUCGCUUUGAAAACCGGCCUCAAUUCGCGAUCGAAAUCCACCAACGAGCGACCCAAGAGCAUUCUCAAGCAAUCUCAAUCGCAAUCUCAAUCGAAUUCCGAAGAAAACCUAAUCAGCAAGCAACAGAAGAUGACGCGAUCGAAGACGAGGGUUUCAAUCAAUCUACCAGACAACGAGAUUUCGCUGCUGCGAAACCGACAAUCGAGCUUCUCUGAACACGACAAGGAGGGAGGAGGAGGAGGAGGAGCAUGGUUUUUGGGUAACAAUGGGGUCCACCACCACCACAACCACCACCGGAGAGGUAGCAGCAGAACGCUGGUGGAGGUGUUGAGAGAGGUGGAUGCUGAUGUGCUGGGUUUGCAGGACGUGAAGGCGGAGGAAGAGAACGGAAUGAAGCCGCUGUCGGAUUUGGCGGCGGCGCUGGGAAUGAACUACGUGUUUGCUGAAAGCUGGGCGCCGGAGUACGGCAAUGCUGUCUUGUCUAAGUGGCCCAUCAAACGAUGGAAUGCUCACAAAAUCUUUGAUCACACUGAUUUCAGGAAUGUUCUGAAGGCCACCAUUGAUGUUCCUCAAUCAGGUGAAUUCAACUUUUACUGCACUCACCUUGAUCAUCUCGAUGAGAAUUGGCGUAUGAAGCAGAUAAAUUCAAUAAUACAAUCUUCUGAUGAGCCUCACAUCUUAGCUGGGGGCCUUAAUUCACUUGAUGAAUCUGAUUACUCUCAUGAAAGAUGGACUGACAUUGUAAAGUACUAUGAAGAGAUGGGAAAGCCAACACCAAAGGUUGAAGUGAUGAAACAUCUCAAGAGUAAAGACUACACAGAUGCUAAAGAUUAUGCAGGGGAAUACGAGUCAGUUGUAAUGAUCGCCAAGGGCCAAAGCGUCCAAGGGACGUGUAAGUAUGGAACUCGGGUUGACUACAUACUAUCGUCCUCAAAUUCUCCAUACAAGUUUGUUCCGGGUUCGUAUUUAGUCCUUUCUUCCAAAGGGACAUCAGAUCAUCACAUUGUGAAAGUUGAUGUGAUGAAGGUGAACAACAAUCCUCAAGAAAAUGUGACAAAGAAACCGCAACAACCGAGAAAGAAAAUUGUCAGAAUAACACAAUCAGCUCCUUCAAAGGGUAUCUGGAAAAUACACACUGGAGAUUUAGAUUGAGCUCUUCUUUCUUCCUCAUUUUAGAUUAGUGCUAUGGUUAUGAUUUUGGAAAUGGGGCAUUUUGUUUUGUUCUUGUUUCCUAAUCGUAUGUUCUUUAUACAGAAUUCUUCAAUUUGAUUUACAAGAAUGUAACAGAAAAGGGUAAGAUGAUGUGUGACACCCCCCCCCCCUAAUUUGUAUAGCUUUUGAUUAAAAACUUGUAAAAUCUACUGAGUGAUUUUUUGCUUAUAAUUUGACAGUGUCCAUGGAAUUAACAAUAUUCAUGACUA